GCUGCGAAUAACCACCCUGCGGUCAGCUUGGAAUGGAGCAAAUGGCCCCUUGAGCAGCAUCAGCCGCUGAAACCCGAGUUCUGGCUGUCCUCAGCAAGAGAAGGUCGACUCUUUCCAUCGCUACACACUGAACCUAUCCCGCGAAACCCAACAAAUACCUCCUAAGAUGGCGGGUCGAUUCGUCCGCUCCUCCAAGUAUCGCCACGUGUUUGGCCGCCCGACUCGAAAGGAACAAUGUUAUGACAACGUGAGGAUCUCUAAGAAUGCCUGGGAUACCAAUUUGAUCAAGGCGAAUCCCGAAUAUCUCGCGGUCAACUGGGACAGCAGUGGAGGAGGAGCUUUUGCUGUGAUUCCCACGCGAGAGAAAGGCCGUCUACCAGAACGGAUUCCACUGUUUCGAGGGCACACGGCUGUGGUAUUAGACACGGACUGGAAUCCGUUCAACGAUUCCUUGGUCGCUUCAGGCUCUGAUGACGGCAAGGUCUUCUUAUGGCGAGUUCCCGACGACUUUACCCUCCACCUAGACAUUCCUGCCGACGAAAUUGAAGAUAUUGCCCCGGUUGGGAAAUUGAGCGGACAUCCAAAAAAAGUAGGUCAUGUGUUGUUCAACCCUGCAGCCGAGAAUGUUCUUGCUUCAGCUGCUGGCGAUUUCACCGUCAAAUUUUGGGAUAUUGAGGCUGGAUCGUCCAAAUCUGCGAUCAAGGUCGGCGAUGUCAUUCAGUCGCUCUCCUGGAGCGCUGAUGGAAAGCACCUUGUGACGACUUCUCGAGAUAAGAAACUAAGGAUUUGGGAUCCCCGACAAGAAAGGCCAGCGCACGAAGGGCCUGGACAUGCUGGGGCGAAGUCCAGCCGAGCUGUCUGGCUUGGUGAGCACGAUCGAAUUGCCACCACUGGGUUCUCGCGGAUGAGUGAUCGCCAAUUGGCAUUAUGGGACUUCCGGGCAGCCGGCGAACCUCUUGGCGGGUUCCAGAUGCUGGACUCGAUCUCUGGAGUGUGCAUGCCCUUCUGGGAUGAUGGCACAAGCAUGCUCUUCCUCGCCGGCAAAGGAGACGGCAACAUCCGAUAUUACGAGUACGAGAACGACGCGUUCGAGUACCUGUCAGAGUACAAGUCUGCCGACGCCCAACGGGGCUUUGCAUUUGUCCCGAAACGAGGGGUCAAUCUCCACGAAAAUGAGAUCGCUCGCGGCUAUAAGACGGUCAAUGACAGCUAUAUCGAACCAAUUUCCUUCAUCGUUCCUCGGAGAGCCGAGACGUUCCAGGAAGACAUUUAUCCGCCGACUGUUGGAUUGAAACCUGCAGUUAGUAGCAAGGAAUGGUUUGGUGGCGCCGAUGGGGUUCCUCCUAAGAUCUCCCUAGAAGGUCUAUACGAUGGCAGCGGGGCCAAAGAAGUUCCAGCGGAUCAACUCCCCGUCAAAAAGGCACCCGAGCCUGUCAAGGCACCGGAGCCCAAAAAGGAAAUUGUCCAGCCAGCACCAGCCUCAAAGCCUGCUUUGAUAUCGCCGCCACCUUCGAUGAAGGAGCAAGGCGUCGGUAUGGCGGCUGCUGCCAGUAAGUUCCAGGACGCCGAGCCAGCAGAGGAAAGUGGCGACGAGUCACCAUUUGAGGAAGUGCAGAAGCCGGUCGAGCGUACAUGUGCCGCCAAGCCAGCACCUCUUGAUGCCAGGCAGGAGCCCCGAGCCUUUUCUCCAGUCAAAGCUUCUACUGUUGAAGUGCCACAGCCAAAGCCAUCUUCCCCAUCUCAGGCGGAAGCAGAACCGACUACCGACAAAGACGUGAAUGAGGUCACUGCUCACCCUGAAAGCCAAGACUCGAUCGACCGAGAGAUCAAGAAUCUAAAAGCCCUGGUGGCACAGCAAUCCAGACAGCUGAGCACCUUGACCAAGACAUUGUCAGAACUCGUUGCCGAGGUCAAGACCCUCAAGUCUGCUUGACAUUCGAUAGCGUCGUUUUGUCAAUAUGGGCAAGAUAGUACUAUGCCGGAUGCCGAGUAGCUUAUUAAAUCUUGCCACAUACUGUCCUACUCACAUCAUGGGAAGCGUUGACGAUGUUGUGGCUGUUUACCAAAAAUGAUGAUCUUGGUCGCGGGGCUCGUAGUGAAUAGGAGGGCGACGGCGUCGUGGGUGCACAGGGAUAGACAGAAAGUCAUGAUAAGCGAACACUUUCAAAAUGUAGAUCUUGGUUCUCGGCGUCAAGGAUCAACCUCUGAUCGAGAUGAAUCUUUCGCUUUAGGUGCAAGCAAGCAGCGGUUUUGUACUAGCGCAAAGGGACAAGUUCUAUCCGAAGAAGGGUAGACCGAGUCAGGGAAGUGAGAGGUUGGUGAUUGGCCCAAGUUCCUCUCUACUUCUGGAGAUCUUCAUCGUUCACACUUCAACGAUGCCAGAU